AUGUCAAGUGAGUCCGCUGCGCCAUCCUCUUCAAUGAAGGCAUGUUCAUCGGUCACCCAGAAUUCUAGCAAUUUUGUGGUGGAUGUUAACUUCUCAAAUACCAAACAUCGAUCCUGCUGA